AUGGCUAAUGAAGGGACGGAAGAGUCUAAGGGCUUGCCGGAAAAGCAGGAACCUACACAAGAGAAGACUAGUGAUGUACAAAAAUCAACAUCACUGCCGAGCAAGGGACCCACAACUGAUCCAUCAAAGUCGCCACAGAAAAACAACAACAACAACAAUAAUAAUGCCAAAUCUGACACUGCAUCAAGUAGUCAAUCAAAACCAUCCACACCUUCAUCAACUAAACUGUCCAAAGGUGCAGCCAGUAUAGACAAAUACAAUGAUCUAAAAAAGAAACUCAUUCAACAAAUACUCAAGAAACAAGAAAUUGGCAACAAAUUAUCCAAACUAGAAGACACAAUUUACCAAAAGGAAUCAGAUUAUUUUGAAAGCAGCUAUUCUGGUAACAUUGUAAAAGGAUUUGAAAAUUUCGCCAAAUCGGGUGGUGGAGGAGCUAGUGGAGUUAGUGGUGGUGGUGGCGGAGGAGGAUCAGGGACAUCUGGAUUCAAACGAAGGAUAGUAUAUACUGAAGAUGAUCACAUAUUCAGUCUAAGCUCGAUAUCGUUUGUGAAAAAUAUGGUUAAAAGACAUGGAGCUAAUUAUGCUGCUGCCACCACUGUUGUUGGUAAUGGAUCUUUGAGUAAUGGCUCAGCUUCAUCUAUAAUCAAUUCAAAAGAUGACUUUGACGAUUAUGAAGAUUCGAUUGAUCCAACAACUGCUAAUUUAGGGGUGAAGCACAACAGUAGUCAAAGUAGUGCAGUUGCACCUGUCGCUACUGCUACCGCGACCUCUUCCGCUGCUGCUGCUGCUCCUUCAACUGAGAAUGCAAAGAGUGAGACGAGUCGAUCAAGCACACCAUCUAGAAAGAGAAAAGCAAGAACAAUAGAGGACUAA